ACACCAUCUAAGAUUUCCAAAUCUCCAACCGUGCCUGAAUUCAAGCAAAAGGAAGCUGUUCACAUUCUGGCCCACCUGGGUCCAAGUUUGCUUGCAGAGUGUCAAGACCUGUCAUUCCAUGGGCCCGUUUUAAGUGGUAACCAGACUCUGCCAUUGGCUUAGAGAAAGAAAACUUGGAAACAAACCCUGUCACUCAGAACGCUUCAUGUUAAUGCUGCGGAAGAGCUUGGGUUGCCCUUACACUACAGGGUGUGCAUCAAAGCAGAAGGCAAUGCUUUACGCGCCAACAAAUGAGUCAGUAGGUGACUCUAGAAGAAGAAAAAGGGGGAGAGAAAAUGUUUAACAUUUUUAUUAUUUUUCUUUGGCUGGAAACCACACAGGGUCUCACGUUACUCAGUGUAAUGUUUGAAAGACCUCGGCCUUUGGCAGAAAACGCACCUGAGCAUACGGUAGUAACCAACAUCACCGUGGUUGUUCCUGACCACAGUUCUUUAGUUGGGGGACCAGCCAUAGUUAAUGCUAACCCAAUAGAGCAUCCCUUUGUCAUUACUCCAAAGGGCACAGAUCAAUGGCAGUUAAUGACCAGAGCAUUACCCAAGUUGGAUUUCGAAACCACAAGUCUUUACACAAUUCCCAUCCUUGUGAGAGAUGACAAGGGGAGUUUGGCUUCUCAGACCAUCUUUGUCCAGAUUGUCGAUGUCAAUGAACCACCUGUCUUCACUGGGCUUCUGACUCAGCCUAGCCGAGCUCCUGAAAUUUAUAUCACAGAGGAUACCCUGCAAAACACAGGAAUUUUUAGAGUCACUGCCAGAGACCCGGAGGGAGCCCCUCUGAAGUUCUCUAUCGACAUCUCACAGAAUCUCACAGUAUUCAAGAUUGAUGGUGCAGGGACAAUUUAUAUGACAGAGACCUUCAGAUCUGAACACAGUGAAAAGAGCUAUUCAGUGAAGGUGACUGUGGCUGAUCCAGAAGGUCUCUCUGCGACUGGAUAUAUCAAAGUGUUUCUUGUGGAAGUAAAGCACAGUGGGGACGUCUUUCUUAAUUGCACUUUUUUCAGUAUUGGGAAAGGCAGAUUGACUCCUAGGACAGGAGACUCGGUUUCAAUGGCUCUGGUGAACAUCACUUUGGAUGAAGAGAUUCCCAUUGGGAAGACUGUUGGCAAGUGCCAUGCUGCAGGAGAAGAUCCAAUGGAUCCUAUCGCCUUCGUUCUUGAUCCAAGUAAUCCUUACUUCAUGAUUGACAAAGCUCGUGGUACUCUACUAAUUGCAUCUAGACUGGACGUGGAAGAGGAUGGAUUUAUCAGUGCUCAGUCAUUCACUGUUGUGGCUUGCAGCAGUACCCGGAGGUGUGCAGGCAUUCCUGUGAUUGUGAAUGUACAUGGAAUCAAUGACAACAUGCCAUUCUGUCAUCAGUAUGUAUACAGAUACACCAGCAGAGAAGUUAUUGCAAUUAAUACAGUGGUUGCUAAUGUCAGAUGUCAUGAUUCGGACAAUCCCCCUGAUGAACUCCAUUAUGAACCCAGCAGUGGCCCGGUUGGUGCUGGAAAGCUGUUUGAACAGGUUCCAGGUGCUAAAAAUGCCAUUCGGAUAACACAAUAUUUGGACUACGAAGACCCACGGAAUCUUGCAGUUGGCAGCACCCAUGAAAUGACUCUCUCUGUUUUCGAUGAUGCAAAUCCGUCACACACAGUAACUGCUACGAUAAUUGUGGAAGUCCUACCUGUCAAUGAAUUUGGGCCGGCAUUUAGUAAAGCAGACUAUGCGUUUGUUGUUCCUGAAACGGCUGGAGCUCACCAUAAAGUUGGACAAGUAGCUGCCACAGAUGAAGACUACCCAUCAAACUGUGUGACCUAUAGAAUAGGCCAUGGAGGCAUGUUUUACCCCGUUGAGAUAUUCUGGUUGGAUCCAGUGUCAGGAGUGAUAGAACUGAUAACAGAACCAGACUACGAAUCUGUCCAGCAGUACAAACUGAACAUUGAAGCUGUCGACUGUGAUCUGUUUCAUCCCAGAACUGCUAGUACUCUAGUGACAAUAGAUAUCAGAGAAGAGAAUGAUGAAGCCCCUCUAUGCACACCCCUUACCUAUAGAGCAACAGUGCUUGACAGUACCUCCCCAGGAACAAAUAUAAACAGCUUUCGGCUUACCUGCCACGAUAGAGACUCUGCUGAUACUUCAAUGCGGUUUGAGAUUGUUUCUGGAAAUGGUGGUAACCAUUUUGGUUUUGACCCAAUUCGAGGGUCCAGCUCACCGCGACUGAUUGUGAAAAGCCCUUUCGACUUUGAAGAUAGAAUGGACAUGCAGACCCAGUAUCAUCUUGUGGUUCACAUUGUAGAUGACAACUUGUACAAUAACUCUGUUCCCAAAGCUAUGACAGGAACAGUUCUGAUAGAUGUUUCUGUAGUUAGAACCAGGACUCCUCCUCCAACGACGCCAUAUUUUGAUCCAAAGAAAGGUGUAACCAUUUUAUACAAACCAGUCAACACAUUCCAUUCUGAUAAUUGGUAUGUCCCCUUCAUCUUCACACUGGUGGCAAUAAUGACUGUUGGAUUGCUUGCUUGGUCGUGUUUUCUGAUAUGGAGAUAUGGCAGGUGUAAGGAAGCAUGGCUGAAACCUCGGACCAAAGCUCCCAAGGAAAUAAAAAGGUAUGUAUUUUGACAUAAUGGCCAGAAUCCAAAGACUGAAAAUCUGUGGAAAUUUGUGAAGGACAGGAAGAUUGCGCAUAGAGUUAGAGUUGGGAUUCCUUUGUGGCAGUUCUGUUU